GGACCAGACUCUUCGUCUGCCCGGAGUAGGGGGAUCUGCGCCCCGAGUUCUGAGCCUUCACCUUCUUGGCGACCCCUGCGGGUCGUGUGACUUGGGACGGCUUGGAGCGCUGAUGACCUCCUCCGCUGGGUAACGGGGGAUGGGAGAGUGCGGCGGACCUCGUCACAGGGUGACCCCUGUUCCCACAGGAGGAUGACUAGGGAGGAGGCUGGGAGGCUGUCCCAAGUCCUGGCCCGGGUCGGGGCCUCUCACGGUAUCACUGACCUGGCCUGCAAGCUCCGCUUCUAUGACGACUGGGCUCCGGAGUACGACCAGGAUGUGGCUGCUUUGAAGUACCGAGCCCCCCGCCUUGCUGUGGAUUGUCUCAGUCGAGCCCUUCUGAGGCCACCCCAUGAUACCCUGAUCCUGGAUGUGGCCUGUGGCACUGGCCUGGUGGCUGUGGAGCUGCAGGCACGGGGCUUCCUCCAGGUGCAGGGGGUGGAUGGAAGCCCAGAAAUGCUAAAGCAGGCCCAGGCACGUGGCCUGUACCGCCACCUCAGCCUCUGCACCCUGGGCCAGGAGCCGCUGCCCAACCCUGAAGGGACCUUUGACGCCGUGAUCAUUGUGGGUGCCCUCAGUGAGGGCCAGGUGCCCUGCCGUGCCAUUCCUGAGCUCCUGAGAGUCACCAAGCCCGGUGGACUUGUGUGUCUGACUACCAGGACCAACCCAUCCAACCUUCCAUACAAGGAGGCACUGGAAGCCACCUUAGACUCCCUGGAGCAGGCUGGGGCGUGGGAACGCCUGGUGGCCCAGUCUGUGGACCACUGGGAGCUAGCAACGUCAGAACAGGAGACAGAGAUGGGUGCCUGUGCCAGCAGCGGCUUCAUCUCCGGCAUCAUCUACCUUUAUCCAAAGCAGGAGACAGUCCUGGGCGAGGGAGGCAGGGUCAGCGCCCAGCCCCCGAAUGAACACUGAUCCUCUCUGUAUGAUCUGAGCUCAGUCUGUCGCCCUGGCCUACUCUGCUCUGCCUGUAAAACAGGUCCACCUUCCCAACCCUGCCCCUCAGGAAUGCUGGACUAGGUAGACCCCGGGGCCACUGAGGAGACCCCUCUCGUUUCUUUGUGUAUCCUAUCAUGUGUCAUGCUCUAGCCUGCACAUGGACACCCAAACCACAGACUCAGGUACACAAGCUGCUCACACACCAGAUUCAGAAAAGAAGAGGAAAGGAAUGAAGAGACCGCUGUCUCCUGUCACAUGACCAAGCACCAUCCCAUCCCCCAGCCCUUGAAGCAAUGAUCUUACAAAAAAACUUUGAAUUCCGACCAGCAGGGUGGCUCAGCCGGGAAAGCCACACUGAGCACCAAGCCUGUAACCUGAGUUGGAGCCUCAGGAUCUACCAGGUGAACCGAGAGAAUUGACCCUACAAGUUGUCCUCUGCUUUCAACACUUACCGUGUACCACACACACACUAAGUAAAUAAACAAGCAGAUAAAGAAAUAA